CCUCCAGCUGACCCUGGUACUGACUGUUGCUGAAAUAAAAAAAAAGAAUAUGUAUAAUAUUUAUUAUAUCAUUGCAGGCUAAGAAGGAAGCCAUAGGAAAUAUUUUUACAAGAUCCUGUCCAUCAAUCGCAGAGAGUGUCAUGGCAAGUGUAGGAUCGGUCAACGAACCAGUGUAUAGCAGACCACCUCUUGCAGCAUUGAUAAGGUCGGUGCAGCGAACCAGACAGACUCUCCGACCAAAUGACCCAGUAGACAUGUCUUCCCCUCUGGAUGAAGACUUUAUUGACAGCAACGCUCCCGGCUUCUACCAGAAGCGGGUUAAAGUAGGGGAAAGGCGACAUCACAUCUUUGCCACUGAAGAUCAACUGCGACUUUUGGCAAAGGCUAAAACGUGGUACAUGGACGCCACCUUCCGAGUUAUCAACAAACCAUAUUCUCAAUUAUUUUCUAUCCACGCUUUCGUAAAAGCCGGGGAAACCACGAAGCAGGUACCACUUGUCUUUUGUGUAAUGUCCGGGAAGAGUCAGGACGAUUACUACAAGGUUCUCCGGGCAGUGGACAAGAUGCUACCAAGCCAGAUUGCCUUGGAGGGAUUUGUGGUGGAUUUUGAGGCGGGGUUAUGGCAGGCCCUUAGACGCCGUUUUGUAGAUAUAAGAAUUCAAGGAUGCGUGUUUCAUUGGACCCAGGCCGUUUUCCGGAAAAUUCAAGAAAAGGGAUUCCAGACAGCGUACAACGAAAAGGGGGACGUGUUUAAUUAUUUGAGGCGAUUGAUGGCUCUCCCUUUCCUGCCCGAAGAACACGUGGCGGGCAUGUUUGCCCAUUUGAAAGACAGGUGCCCAGAACAGUUAGAGCCGAUAUGUACAUACAUAGAAGAUCAAUGGAUUUCAUCUCGUCUGUUUCCAAUAGAAGAUUGGUGCGUGUUUAUGUUGCCAGUGAGAACCAAUAACGACGUGGAGGGCUGGCACAACAGACUAAAUUCCCGUGUCAACGCCAGAGGUCCUGUGCCAUUUUAUCUAUUGAUUUGCGCACUUUUUUCAGAAGCUACAAAGAUACCACUGGACCUCACAAUGAUGUCGGAAGGUUCAUUGAGACGACACCAAAGACGUCGGUAUCGACAUGUAGAAGGCCAACUUUUUAAUAUAUGGGAUUCAUACAAUGAAAAACAGAUGAGCACUAGUAGACUAUUAAAAAAAAUAAGUCAUUUGUAUGGUCCACCCGCUCAGUGAAAAACAAUUACAUAAUUAAAAAAAUGAAAAAAAAAAAAAAAAAAAAUGAAUAGCCGACUAAAGCUAUUUUUUCAUCAAAUAAAUACACGUGUUGUUAUAAAUGUUGCGUUAAUGUAUGAAUGUGUAUGUAUUUAUACAAUAAAUGAAUGUUUUAUAUGACCGUUGUUAUCGCUAUAUGGUAUGUUUAAAAAUAAAAUAAUAUGCCCGUUGUUAUAAAUCGAUGUUAUCAUUUUAUGCUAUGUUGAUAAAUAAAAUAGUUUAUAAAGUAAAUUGGCGUCAGUGUGUUGUAUAAUUCUAUCUUACCUACCCGAGUCCGAAACGUCACCUACCCGAGUCCGAAACGUCACCUACCCGAGUCCGAAAUGUCACCUACCCGAGUCCGAAAUGUCGGGGACAUAUUUUUUGGAGUCCGAAAUGACGUAAGUCCGAAAUGACGCGGGACCGAAAUGACAUGUAAUCGUGAA